AUGGAGGACUGCAGUGUGCGCUCAGCCGCCACCAUCCUGGCCUCGGUGAGAGAGCAGGAGGCCCGCUUCGAGCUGCUGACGCGGGCGCUGGAGCAGGAGCGGCGCCAUGUCGCCCUGCAGCUGGAGCGAGCCCAGCAGCCUGGCACAGGUGGCGGGCAGUCCCUGCCCAUGGCCUGGCAACAGCUGGUUCUGCAGGAGCAGAGCCCGGGCAGCCAGGCCUCGCUGGCCACAAUGCCGGAGGCGCCCGAGGUGCUGGAGGAGACCGUGACGGUGGAGGAGGACCCGGGCACACCCACCUCCCACGUGUCCAUCGUCACGUCCGAAGACGGCACCACGCGCCGCACAGAGACCAAGGUCACGAAGACAGUCAAGACGGUGACCACGAGAACCCUGCGCCAGGUGCCCGUGGGCCCCGACGGCCUCCCCGUGCUGGACGGCGGGCCCCCGCUGGGCCCCUUCACCGACGGCCCCCUGGACCGGCACUUCCUGCUGCGCGGGGGCGGCCCGGCGGCCACGGUCUCCCGCACCUGCCUCGGCGGCGGCGGCUUUCCCGAGGAGCCCCGCGACGUCCCCGGCUACGGAAGCCUGUCUCGAGGGCUGGGCGUACGGCCCCCACGCGGAGGACCCCCGGGCCCGGGCCCCGGCGAUGGCUGCUUCACCCUGCCCGGCCGGCGGGAGGCCUUCCCCGUGGGGCCGGUGCCGGAGCCGGGGCCGCCGGCCGGCCGCUCGCAACCCGAGCGGUUCCAGGCAGAGCCAUACGGCUUGGAGGACGACGCUCGCAGCCUGGCUGCCGACGAAGAAGGGGCGCCGGAGCUGGAGCCGGAGUACGGCACCGCCGCGCGGAGGAGGCCGGACUGUGGGCGGGGCCUGCGCGCCAGGGCCUACGAGGACGUGGCAGACGACGGCGGCGAGCUGAUGGAGGAGCGACCGCCCUUCCCCGCCACCGCGGCGCCCCUGGCGCAGCCGGAACGCGGCAGCCUGGGCAGCCUGGAGCGGGCGGCGCGGCGCUCGCCCUCGGCGGACAGUGCCCGCAAGGAGCCGCGCUGGCGGGACCCCGAGCUGCCUGAGGUGCUUGCCAUGCUGCGGCACCCGGUGGACCCCGUGAAGGCCAACGCGGCCGCCUACCUGCAGCACCUGUGCUUCGAGAACGAGGCCGUCAAGAGGCGCGUGCGGCAGCUGCGGGGGCUGCCGCUGCUCGUGGCCCUGCUGGACCACCCGCGCGCGGAGGUGCGGCGCCGGGCCUGCGGGGCGCUGCGGAACCUCUCCUACGGCCGGGACACGGACAACAAAGCCGCCAUCCGGGACUGCGGCGGAGUGCCCGCCCUGGUGCGCCUGCUGCGGGCCGCACGGGACAGCGAAGUCCGCGAGCUCGUCACAGGCACGCUCUGGAACCUGUCAUCCUACGAGCCCCUGAAGAUGGUCAUCAUCGACCAUGGCCUGCAGACGCUGACCCACGAGGUCAUCGUGCCGAACUCAGGCUGGGAGCCGGAGCCCAAUGAGGACUCCAAGCCGCGGGACGCCGAAUGGACGACCGUCUUCAAGAACACGUCAGGCUGCCUGAGGAACGUGAGCUCGGAUGGCGCAGAGGCCCGACGGCGGCUCCGCGAAUGUGAGGGGCUGGUGGAUGCCCUGCUGCACGCGCUGCAGUCGGCCGUGGGCAGGAAGGACACGGACAACAAGUCUGUGGAGAACUGCGUGUGCAUCGUCCGGAACCUCUCCUACCACGUGCAUAAGGAGGUGCCGGGGGCCGAAAGGUACCAGGAGGCCGAGCCCGGGCCCCCGGGUGGUUCCGGGAGCGCCCAGCGCCGGAGCAGGGAGGACGCCGGCUGCUUCGGUGGCAAGAAGGCCAAAGAAGAGUGGUUCCAUCAAGGGAAGCGGGAUGGGGAGAUGGACCAGAACUCGGACACCCUGGACCUGCCCAAGCGCACUGAGGCUGCCAAGGGCUUCGAGCUGCUGUACCAGCCCGAGGUGGUGCGUCUCUACCUGUCCCUCCUGACGGAGAGCCGCAAUUUCAACACCCUGGAGGCCGCGGCCGGCGCCCUGCAGAACCUCAGCGCCGGGAACUGGGUGUGGGCCACGCACAUCCGCGCCGCGGUGCGCAAGGAGCGCGGGCUGCCGGUGCUCGUGGAGCUGCUGCAGUCGGAGACCGACAAGGUGGUGCGCGCCGUCGCCAUCGCCCUGCGCAACCUCUCGCUCGACCGGCGCAACAAGGACCUUAUCGGGAGCUACGCCAUGGCCGAGCUCGUGCGAAACGUGCGCAGCGCGCAGGCGCCCACCCGGCCCGGUGCCCGCCUGGAGGAGGAUACAGUGGUGGCCGUGCUCAACACCAUCCACGAGAUCGUGUCCGACAGUCUGGACAACGCGCGCUCGCUGCUGCAAGCUCGCGGCGUGCCCGCGCUGGUGGCACUGGGCGCCUCCAGCCAAUCGGUGCGCGAGGCGAAGGCAGCGUCGCACGUGCUGCAGACGGUGUGGAGCUACAAGGCGCUGCGAAGCGCGCUGCAGAAGGACGGCUGGAGCAAGGCGCGCUUCCAGUCAGCCGCUGCUAAUGCCAGAGGCCCCAAGGCAGCCCCGAGUCCGGGAGGCUUGGACGACAGCACGCUGCCGCUGGUGGAGAAGAGCCUGGACGGUGAGAAGCCAGGCGGCCAGGACAUGAUCCCCAUGGAGGCACUUGGUCCAGACGGCUACUCCACCAUGGACAGGCGGGAGCGCAGGGCUCGAAGCAGUGACCCCGCGGGGGAGGCCUCUGAGAAGGAGCCGUUGAAACCCGACCCCAGCAGGAAGGCUCCUCCGCCCGGGCCCAGCAGGCCUGCGGUCAGGCUGGUGGACGCUGUGGGGGACGCCAGGCCUCAGCCUGUCGACUCCUGGGUCUAGCUUGCAUGCCUGGGCCUGGGCCUGGCCGUUUGCUCUUAGGGUCUGACCUCUGAAGAGACCGCAGGAAGGGGCCUCUGGGCGCCCGUGCAGAGCCUGCUGUGGAGCUGGGAGCCCUCUGGUGGCAGGGUGGGCGGCACCCCCCCUCCAGCCCUGGCUCCCUGCUCCUAACUCCCAGGCGAGUUAGCUUCCUGACAUGGUGCUGUGUGCAGCGCGCGCCUGGGAGACCCAGGCCAGGGUGCCCGGCGUUGCUCUGGGGCCAGCGGGGCCCCCCCGAGGAGGGGGCUCGGCAGGGAGUCUGGCCCCAAGGCUGUAGGGGCUUCCCUGGGCCCUGAGCGGGGGUGGUGCCAGGGGACAGUCCCAGAGACCCUGGAGGCAGCGAGCAGGGGCUGGCUGUGCAUGCCCUGCCUGCUGCCCGCAGCGCCGGGAGCCCCUCCCUGGGCACUGUGGCCCUCGAGUAGCGGCUCUGGGACUGGCCUUUGGCAGCAGUGGAGGACCACUGUUGAGUGCCUGCUGUUUGUGACUUAAAAACCAGAGAAACACUGAUAAAAAACAUCAAUAACAAAACCAAACUAAGACAGUAUUGGUAAACAUCUAAAUUUUUGUAAGAAAAAUUAAAAAUUAUAACCAGC